AACAGACUUGGACGUCUCACCAUUGCCCACAAUGCACACGCUCUGGAGAUAUGACAUAAACACACUGAGACCCUGUUGUACAAAAGGAAACUCAACAGCUGUUUUCAGGAGCAAGGAGUGUUUACAGGGGGGGAAAAAAACACCAACAAGAACGGCAGCAGUGGGUAUUGCUGACGGAAAAAACAUACAAGAAAUCUUCUGCCAGGAGGAGAGGGGUGCAUCAUGGCGUCUGCCAGUGUCUCCAUGUCCAGCUCCUCGGGCUCAACACUGGGCUUUGAAGACUACAGCUUGUACAGUAACAUGUCUGAUGAUCAGCUUCUACAGCUGGCUAUUGAACGCAGCUUGAUGGAGGGGUGCACCUCCACGCCCGCAGCUGAACCCCCCAGGGCUCCCCAAACAGCGGCACCUCCAGCCAGGCCAAAUGCGGUCAUCAGACGGCGUCCCCCUGCCCGGAUUCCUGAACAUGAGCCUGAGCCUCCGCCCUGCCCAUCCAACCCUCCCAGGGAUAUAAAACAGGAGCUUGAGGGAAGCUGGGUGAGCCAAUAUACCACAGGAUAUGGGAAGAGAAUGGUGGCCUACCGCCGACUUGAUGGGACUCUUAUCAGAACAGAGCCUGAGCCAGAUGCGGUAGUAGAGCCCUUGGUGAAGGCCAUAUGGGACGGUGAUGCAUCAUUAGUGAGGACGUUGGUUAGAAAACCUGAUGUAAAUCUUCUGAAAGCAAAUCAACAAGGAUGGAUACCCAUGCAUGAAGCUGCAUAUUAUGGACAGGUGGACUGUCUCAGGGCUAUCCUGGGAGCUCAACCUGGAAUGUUGAACAAGCGCACUCUGAAAGAGCAGACUGCCCUUAUGCUGGCAGUAGAAAGAGGUUUCUCCAGAUGCAUGGAGUGCCUCUUGGAGCGAGGUGCUGACCCUGAUAUCCAAAACAAGGACAAGGAGACCCCUCUUUUUAAAGCUUGUGAAAAAGAAAAUCCAGAGAUGGUGGCCAUACUUUUGAACAAUGGUGCUUCAGUAAACAAGCUUUGCACCCAGGGCUGGACAGCCCUGCAUGAAACUGUGAGCCACAACCAUCUGGAGAUCGCUGAGAUGCUGUUGAAAGCCGGGGCAAAAGUCAACAUUGUCAACCAGUAUAGCAUCACACCGCUCUUUGUUGCUGCUCAGGCUGGACAUGUGGAUAUUCUGCGCUUACUCCUGAAACAUGGUGCUGAUAUAAACAGCCAAGCAGCAGACGGCGCCACCGCUCUCUACGAGGCCUGUAAGAAUGGACACGAAGAUAUAGUGAAGUUCCUCCUCUCCCAAAAGGCAGAUGCCAACAAGCCUGGCAAGACUGGACUUCUUCCCAUCCAUAUCGCUGCGGAGAAGGGGUAUGAUGGGGUAAACCUGCUCCGCCAGGACACCAGCCAAUGUAUCGACUCGGUUAAUAUCAUUGAGAUGCUGAUCCCUGCCACUAGUCGGCAAAGAGUCCGGCGCAGUGGCAUCAGCCCGAUCCACCUGGCUGUCGAGCGGGACCGGGACGACGUUCUGGAGAUCCUGAUUGAGGCCGGCUUCGACGUGAACGCGCCUCUGUCAGAGGACCGCUCCAGGUUGUAUGAGGACCGGCGCAGCAGUGCGCUCUAUUUCGCCGUCAUCAACAACAACAUCGAGGCCACAACCAUGCUGCUAGAGGCUGGAGCUAACCCCAACCUUGAUGUCUUAAGUCCCGUGUUGGUUUCCAUCCGUAUGGGCUCCAUCGAGAUUUUCACCAAGCUGGUGGAUCACGGAGCCGACGUCAACGUCUACAUCCCCAACUACCCAACCAACUUCCCAGCCACGGUCAUGUUCGCCAUGAAGUACCUGCCUAUGCUGAAAUACCUGCUGGACCAUGGCUGUGAUGCGCAGUCCUGUUUUAACUGCUCCUAUGGGAGCAGCGCUCACCCACCCAUCAAGGUAACGGGCGACGAGAGACGUGACCUGCACUACAGAAUGGAGGAAGCACAGAACACCUGUAUAGAGUUCUGUGAGAUGAUCUCUACACCCUCCAUUAGCCGAUGGGCAGGACCCAUUAUAGAUGUGCUUCUUGACUAUGUUGGCAACGUGAAGCUAUGCGCUAGACUCACUGAACAUCUCGAUAGCUUUAUUGACUGGAAAAACAUCAAGGAGAAAUCAGAACCCCCCAGAACGCUGAUGCACCUGUGCAGAAUAAGAGUACGGCAUCAGAUCGGGUGUAAGAGAUUACAAAAAAUCGACAAGCUUCCCAUCCCUCCAAGAUUAAUAAAAUUCCUCAAGUAUGAAAACCGUACUGAAGGUCUGUGAACAACACGUGGACAACUGGACUGUUGUCAUUCAGUCAUGUGGUGAAGCUAGCUGCCAUUUAGCAUAUCCUACUUUGUUGGAAAGCUUUGUGUGGCUAGGAGUUGAAUGUAGCUUUGUGGAAUAUUUUAAAAUGUACAAUGGCACUGUUUUAUGUAAAACAAUAUUUAUUCUUAAGAAAUAGAAAGGAGAAAGAGGGUAUCUGGAUUGAAUCUGUAUCUGUAUUGUAAUGUUGGUAGAGGGUGAACAUUUUGCACAGAGAAAUGUAAAGAUGACCAGUAGUUGUCUCAAUGUUGACAUAGCCUGUAGUUAUUUAAAUAUUGUGUUAAAGCUGCAGUUGGCAAGUUUGACAGAUUGAGGGGACUUAGGCCGGCUUUACACGACAACGCUCCCGGGUGAAACCGACAAAAUAUUUUAUCAGAUGUGCCUUUCGUUUAGACGGCGACAGCGUUUUUGGGGCUUAAAAACGCAAAAAAAUGAACCCACCCUCCAGAGUGGAAAUCUUAAAGACGCUCCACCGUCGCAUUCCCGUCUAAAGGAUUGAAAACGCAAAAGUGUGCUCUGAGCUGCUCACGCUGGCUAUCCUCGCAUACGCGUUGACAUCAUAUCCAUGUGCAGUACAGCCAAACAACAACAAACAUGUCAGAUUAUUUCCAUCAGUCGGACAUUCAAGUUGCCUUAGCUGCUUUGAUAGCUAUUCUUCGCCAUGUUUUGGUUUUCGACUGUGGGCUAUUUCGCGCUACUACAGAGAGAAGUAGAAGGAAGUUUCAACGCAUGUGCGCGCUCUUGGUGUUGUUGUAUGGCAGUGCUUCACAGUACCACCAAGCCACCUGGCAUGCAUACUACAUCAAAUUUCACACACUUUUGCGUCAUCGUGUGCAUGCAGAUUUCCACCCAAUGACGCUCGUCUAAACCCGAAAUAAAAAGUGGGCAACACCACUUUUGCGGGUUGUUUUCAGAUGGUUGUCGUGUAAAGCUAGCCUUAGCCAAAAUGUUGAACGUUUACAACUCUAAUGCCCCUCCCCCACUACCACCGAGCACCCUCUCAUUGAGUUUGUGCUUGUCAGUGCGCACCAGACUGCAAUUGACAGUCAGAUCUCACACAGCCCUGCUCUGAUUGGGCCAGAAGAACCGGGAGCUGUGGAUUUUUGGCUCUAGGUGGAGGUAGAAGUGUGGACCGUUUAUUUCUAAAACCGACUUAUGUUGUUCUGCCAGAGCAUAGUGUCGGUUUCAGUGAAUAUGAUCAAACAAAUCUUGCCAACUGCAGCUUUAAGUGGGACCUGUUGAUUGAAUAGUUCAAUAUUAGAACAUGAUAUAAAUGUAUAUAUUUUAAAUGUAUUGUAAAAUAUUGAACUGGUUAAUCAUGUGGAACUACCGACCUCAUUGCAUUUUUCAGUGUAAUAGUUUCCGAUCCCUCCGUUGUAAAUUGAUUGGUCUGGCCUAGAGACAGGCCUAGGAAUAAACAACAUGGCUGCAAUUCAAGAGCUCAGCACCAGCAUCCCUUUUGUAAGAAAUUAGGUGAACGCUUGGUACGUUUAUUCAUUUAGCAGACACUUUUAUCUAAAGCAACUGAAAUAUGUCAAUUAUAUUUAACAGACCAUUGUCCCCAGAGCAACUCAGUGUUAAGUACCUUGCUCAAGGGCACAAUGGUGGAAGCCAAGAAUUGAACCCACAACUUUUCAAGCCACUGCAUGCUAGCCAAACUACUUAGGCACUACCCUACUGCCACCCAGUGGAGUGCUCCUACAAAAGUUAGCCACUGUACUACCACCGCCCCUCCAUGUUGAAUCCCAGGUAGGAGCUCAACUAAAGACAAGAUGCACCGUUUCCUCUUCCUGCUUCAUUUUCCAACUGGCUUUAGAUAUCCUGACCAUAUUAGGAGAUAACUCAUGUGAUCAGUGUGACAAAGUGAAGACCGCAAAAAAAGGGAUGCUACAGCUUAGCCAAAAUGUUGAUGUCAUGUGUAUAUCAAACAAUGACUACUGUACUUUUAAGUGUGAAAUGUAACAAUACGCUUCCCAUAUCCAAUAUUACUUAAAUAUUGUAGUUAACAUUGUUGAACCAUUGAUUAGCCUACAGCUGUAUAAUAUGUCAGGUAAUGUAAUGAGUGGUACUACAUUCUGAGUGUACAGUGAAACAUGCUGCUGCUUCAUCUCAAUUGUUUCUUGUACUGUAGAUUGUUUUUGCUUCUUUGUUUUUUUUGUUUGUGAAAAUGUUGUGUGGAAUAUUUGGGGAUGGUAUUUGGACAUUUUGUUCCUGAAAAAUGCUGUUUUAUUUGUACUGGUGUUUUGUCUAUUACAUUUGCAAGUGUGAUAUAAUAAACAAAACCUAGCAAAGAUAA